CUAAAGCGUGCGACGUUUCUCCCCGAGCAGAAAAGACAGGUGCACUAUUUCAAGUGCAGUCAACACAUUCAUGGCAGUGAACCAGCAACCGUUUGAGAUGCUUUGAGUGUACUCAUUUAACGUUACAGUAGCUAGCUGCACAACUGUUUCGACAGCAUGUACGCGAAUAAGUUUGGUCGCUUCAUGUUAGGGCUGUACAGCCGGAAGACGGCCACUGCCUGCGGUGGGCUCCAGAGUACGGCAGGGCGAAGCGGGUUUAGCUGGACUGCGGUGUGUAAACAGCGGACACUGUGGCUGCAGAGGAGCGCCUGUCUGAAUACCCGGAAAAAUACCGUGCCCUGUCACGUCAGGGCUCGGUCAGCCUCCCAGACCACAGUGGACCCCGAUGAGGUGAGGAGGUUCCAGUCUCUGGCCAGCAAGUGGUGGGACGAACAGGGAGAAUUCGCAGCCCUCCAUGCCAUGAAUGACCUGAGGGUGCCUUUCAUACGGGAUAAUCUGCUGAAUGUGCACAGAGUGCGUCACCCUGGGAAACCUCUCAGAGGACUCAGAAUACUGGAUGUCGGCUGUGGAGGAGGCCUGCUCACAGAGCCUCUAGGCCGCCUGGGAGCUAAUGUGUUGGGUAUAGAUCCAGUAGGCGACAGCAUUGGUACAGCCCAGCUGCACUCAUCCAUUGACCCGGACCUUUGUGAGCGGGUCUGCUACCGGGCCAGCACUCUGGAGGAGCUCGCAGCAGAAGAGGAUGAGGCAGAGGAGGAGCAGGGGGCGGGCCAGUUCGAUGCGGUCGUAGCCUCUGAGGUGGUGGAACAUCUGGCCGACCUGGAAACCUUCGCCUUCUGCUGCAACCAAGUGCUGAAGCUAGGCGGCUCACUCUUCAUCACUACCAUAAAUAAAACCAACGUGUCAUACGCGUUGGGUAUCGUUGUGGCCGAGCAGCUGCUGCGCAUCGUCCCCAGCGGGACACACGACUGGGAUAAGUUCAUCAGCCCUGUAGAGCUGGAGCGCCUCCUGGAGUCCAAUGGUUUCUCGGUGCAGUCUGUCCAAGGAAUGCUGUACAACCCGGUAUCAGGAGCCUGGAGCUGGACUGACAGCACUGCCAUCAACUACGCCCUCCACGCUGUCAAAGUGAGAGACGAUCCCCACACAGAGCAGGCUGGGGGAAGCAGCCCCCACCCAGAGGACCACCACGCGGCAGCCACACACGGCUGAGCCAAACCACUGCAGAACAAGUCCGAAAAUGCAUUCAGAUGAGCUGUAGUUGCAGAGUCACACUCAGAAUAAGACUGCAUUAAGCUUUUGGUGUUCUGUCAGCCUUUGCUUUACUGUGAACCAGUGUUCCAAACGGUUUAAGAAGCGUGUGUUAAGAAGUGUUUGAUGAGCUGUACAAGGCAGCUGUGCAUCUUCCAAUUGUGUCACUCAGUAGCAGAGCUAAAACCAAACAGAGUUUAUGUUCACACAUUCAUCAUGUUCAGUAUAUACUGUACUGAAUCUGAAUCAUAUUUUAGGUGGAAUAUUUUGUGAUUUGCCAUAUUUAUUAAAAUUGUAAUUUCCUCGGUU